AUGUUGAGCAUCUGGUGGGAUGCCAAAGGGACUAUUCAUCGAGAAAUUCUUCCAGCUGGCUGCACCAUCACUGCUGACCUCUACGGCCAGCAAUUAGACCGAGUUGCAGCAAAACUUCAUGAAAAGCAGGAUAACGUUUAUUUUUUGCAUGACAACGCCCGACCUCACGUUGCUAAGUCGAUUCGUGAAAAAUUAUUGAAGCUUGGAUGGUUUAAAAUUCCACGUCCACCUUAUUCUCCUGACUUGGCUCCAACAGAUUACCAUUUGUUUCGUUCUCUUUCUAAUUAUUUACGUGAGAAAAAUUUCCACGACGAGAACGACCUCAAAACGGACCUAGCCAACUUCUUUGACCGAAAGUCUCAAGACUUUUACGAAACCAGGAUCCUUUCUCUGCCCGAGCAUUGGCGAAAAGUCAUAGAUAGUAAUGGUGCAUACAUUGUUGAAACGUAG